UCGAAUCUGGUCUCUCUAAUUACCCAGCUGUUCGGUCACCUCAUUUUUGUUUUUCCUGCUUUUAUUUAUAAAAAUUACCCAAAUAAACACACCGACAGCAUGGACGCGAAGUAGUAACGCCAUGGAGACGCUGCCAUGUGCCAACCAGCUGCAGGAGCACCAGCAGCCACAGCAGCAGCUCGUGAAUCUCAGCAUAGACGCGAGUCUGGGCGAGAAUGUGGUCAGCAUUCCCAAGGAGCUGAUCCUCAUCUCGCUGGUCUCCCAGGAGCAGUCGCUCUACAACCCCAAGCACCCCAACUACCGCAGCACCAAGACCAAGGACGAGAAAUGGCUGGAGAUCGGCAGCAACGUGGGUUGGUCAGAUGUGCAGUGCAAGUCCAAAUGGAAGGCCAUGAGGGAUCAGUACUGCCGGGAACUCAAACGCGCCAAGGCCUGUGCCAAAGCGGUCAAGUGGAAGUACUUCAAGGAGCUGGACUUCCUGCGUCCAUAUGCGCUGGCAAGGAAGGGAAGGUCUGGACAAAAUACUAAUGGCAUCGUCUCUACGACAGCACCCAUAUCGCUGCCAAUGACUACAUCUUUUAGCAGCAACAGCAGCAGCCAGAACCUCAACCUCUCCGGCAGCAUUAAGAUUGAAGAUGCCAGUGCCUCCACACUGCUGGAUAACUGCAGCUUCAGCUCGUCCAGUUCUGCCGACAAAAAACCCGCAGCUAAUUUCUUGGCCAGCCAUAUUGGAGCUGUGUUGCAGCAGCCACAAAUGCAGACGCAGCAGGAAAGCAGCUGGAACUAUCUGACCGAUGCGGGUGGCGGUGCUACUCCUUCAAUCAUAGUGCAGUGUGGAUCCGCUAAUACAACCACUGUGGUAGACACUCUCUACAAUGAAAUAGUGGACUGCGUGAAUGCUGCCAAUCAGUCAAACUCGACAGCAACGGUAACCUCGACGGUAUCCGGCACUUCAGCAGCGCACAAUCAAUCGACUAAUGCCGAGGAAGAGGACGACGAUCCCAUACAUACCUUCCUUAACAUGGAGAGCUACUUUGAAAAAGAACUGAUUACGCUGAUCCAGCAGGAGGACAUGAUCUACAACUACGGGAACGAGAACUAUCGCAAUGCCAAGCUCAAGAUGGAGGUUUGGGAGGAAAUCGCCAGAAAGCUGAAGAAGUCGGUUAAACAGUGUCGGCUGAAGUGGAAGGCUCUAAGGGACCAAUAUGCACGAGAGCACAAGCGACUAAGGACACUGAUGCACAUAGACGCCACUUCGCGUUGGAAGCACUAUGACUCGCUCAGUUUUCUGCAAAAGUACAUACAACAAAAGACGCUGGAUAGCGAUGCGCAGCUCAGUAUGCUGCUACCCAAAAAUGACCCAGUGCGAGAACUGGAGGAGCAGAUGGUCCACUCCCACUCGCCGCCCAACCAGCAAAGCACAUUGGAGUCGUCCUCGUCGAGCUCCCAGCAAAUGCCCGCCCUUCCUCAUUUGACGGGACCACACAAGGCCGAGCAACAACAGCAACAGCAGGAGGAGCAGCAGCAGCAGCAACAACAGGCCAGUGAGCUGUGUGUGGCCACCUACGACGAUAGAAUCGAGAACUACAUCAAUGGGGAUGCACAUCAUGAUGACGAGGGAAGAGACGAGGACGAGGAGAUGGAAACCACAACGGCGGCGGAACAAACUCCUCAGCAGCAAGAGCAGCAUGUAAUGACUUAUGAUCACGACGAUGGACCCGUUUACAUGGCUGUUCAAAGCGUAACGAGUUCUAUGGCCAAGCAAGAGACGCUUAGCGAAGGAGCCACCAGCCUGGAGCAGCAGCAACUACUCACUGGAGAGUAUCAAAAGUUGGAGAUACAGACUCCCACCACUCCUCGUUACCAGAAUGCUGCCACUACUCCCAGCUCUACUUCCACAUCUCGCUACCACUCGGCGCCCAUCACGCCUAACAAACCCAACCACAUGGAGUUCCCUCCUAGCAAUGGCCACAAUUCUGAGGAUGAUGAAAUUGGUGCGUUUUUCAAGGCAGUGGCCAUGAAGAUACGUAAUGCUCAGCUGGAGCCGGUGGCUUUUACCGAACUGCAAAUUGAAAUUCUGCGUGUCAUUAACGAGGCACUGAGGAACCACUAGCAUCGCUAGUAUCCUCCAGCUACCUAGAGAAGAAUAAGAAGCUUGAGCGGACCAUCAACGGUUUCAGGGCGAUUCAUCGUAGAUUUUAAGUGUUAUUUCGAAAGUGUUUUUCUAAUUUCUAGACAAGUUGAUACUUUUGUAAAAUUUCUUUUAAAUUUGUGAACUUUUAAAAUCGAUUGCUUAAGCAGCUCAAGGGCGAAACUUAAAAUGUUACGUGUACAUAGACCAAAAUCCAACAAAAACGGAAUGAAAUAGUGUUUAUUAGCUUAGUAUAAUUCUUGAUCUGCCGGAUCCGGAACUAAAAAUGCAAACUAUUAUUUAAAUAUUUGUAACCAAAUCAAUUGUAAACAAUUCGUACAAUGUCAAAGCAAAAAAUAUAUAUUUUUAAAACAA